ACAAAUUGAUCCAGAGUGGAUACUAAACUAUAAGGAAAGUGGUGAAAAAUUUGAAGAUUUAAGGGAGGGAUAUAGAGAGUACUGUAUAAAGAAAAAUAUAUCAGAGAGCAAAGAUAGUCGUCUUUCGCUAGUUAAUGCUCAAGAGUUACCUAAUCCCGAAAAACUGACUUAUUUAGCACUAGCCAAUAACAAAAUUGGACCUAGGGAUUUGACAAUCUUUAGCAGACUUGUCAAUCUAAGACACUUGCUUAUUGGCUCGUCUAAUCUAGAUAAUUUUAGGGCAUUAGGAGAAAAAUUUGAUGAUUUUAGCCAAUUAUUAAAAAAAUCAAUUGAAAAAGGGUUUUACAACAGGUUUUAUGGAUCUCUCAAACCUUUGGAGGGAUUAACAAAAUUAGAAGUGCUAAACAUCUCAGAAACUGACAUCAAUGAUGGACUAGAAUAUCUGCCUGAUAGUUUAGAGGGAAUUGUAUGUGAUUCUUUUAGAAAAGAUGCUGGAGUAAAUAAAAUUAUUGAAGUUCUUAAACCUUAUAAAGAGGAAAAUUAUUACAAUAUUAAAAGAUGGAAAAAAUCCAACAAGAAGAAUUACAUUGAAGAAUUAAAGCGGCAAAAUCUCCAAAUUGUCGAGAAAGAAAAGGAUUCAGAACUAAUGAAUGAUCAUCCAGCCGCACAAUUAUAUAACAAUGAAUACAGCAGAAAACUACCCUCUUUAAAACAAAAUUAUGAAAACAUAACAAAGAAGAAAGUAAAAUUAUUUUUCCAAGAAAAUCCCGACGAUUACUUAAAGCAAUACGACAUUGUUAAAAGAAAAAUUGACAAUAUUGGUAUUAGCCACCAUUAUGCUAUAUAUCUGGGCAACAACCAAGUAGCUCACAUUUCUGGCUCUAAGGAAGUUAUGGGUGAAACUGAUGACUUGUAUGCCCGUAUUGACAGUUGA